AUGAGGUUAUUCGGUCCCUUCUUGGGCCUACUUGGCCUGGGACUCACUGCCCAUGCAUACGAGAACCCUUUGGUCUCCCUCGACUACGGAUCCUUCCAAGGCCAGUAUGACACCACAUACAACCUCUCAUACUUCCGCAAGAUACCAUUUGCCGCGGAACCCACGGGCGAGAAUCGAUUCCGUGCUCCUCAGCCACCACUGAAAGUCACCGGGGUCUAUGAUUCAAACCAGGACUUUGUUAUGUGCCCUCAGCGCACGGUAAAUGGCACCGAGGACUGUCUCUAUCUAGGCCUGUUUUCACGGCCAUGGGAUGUUUCCAAAAGUAUCAAAAGACCGGUCUUGGUGGUAUUCUACGGCGGUGCAUUCAUCCAGGGAAGCGCGGCCUUCACAAUGCCGCCAUCAUCAUUCCCAAUUCUCAAUGUAACGAAUAUCAACGACUACGUCGUCAUCUACUCAAACUACCGAGUCAACGCCUUCGGCUUCCUCCCAGGAAAGGCAAUCAAAAACUCCCCAACUUCUGACCUCAACGCUGGCCUGCUAGACCAACAAUAUGUCUUGAAAUGGGUCCAAAAGAACAUCCACCAUUUCGGCGGAGAUCCCCACAACGUAACAGUAUGGGGUCAAUCAGCUGGAGCAGGCUCAGUCGUCGCCCAAGUCCUCGCCAACGGACGAAACGGCCAACCCAAACUUUUUUCAAAAGCCCUGGCCAGCUCACCAUUCUGGCCAAAGACAUACGCAUAUAACGCCCCAGAAGCAGAAGCGAUUUACAUCCAACUCGCCAAUCUAACCGGGUGCACGAACAAGCACGAACACAAGACACUAGCCUGUCUAAAAUCUGUGGACGUGCAGAAGAUCCGGGAUGCGAACCUCGUUAUCUCGGCAUCUAAUACUUGGACAACGAGCUCGUAUACCUGGGCACCUGUUAUAGAUGGAGAUUUCCUAGUCGAGACACUGACAGAGACGGUCAAUCGUGGUGGUGUGGAUACCCAGUUCGUUUGGGGUAUGUACAAUACCCAUGAAGGAGAGAAUUUCAUUCCAUCCGGGUUAGCGAGUGAAGAUCGGAAUGGAUUCAAUUCCUCCACUGCAAGUUUCCAUGACUGGUUAACUGGGUUCGUGCCUGGACUGUCGAAAAAGCAAAUUGGCCAGGUCGAGUCUAUUUACUAUCCGGCUCAGGGGACUACGGAGACCACAGAGUAUAACACGUCUUAUGUGCGGGCUGGGUUGGUUUAUCGGGAUGUUGUCCUCGCGUGUCCGGCUUAUUGGAUUGCGUCUGCCGCUUCGAAGAAGGGGUAUUUGGGAGAGUAUACGAUUUCUCCGGCGAAGCAUGCAAGUGAUACUAUUUAUUGGAAUCGUAUCAACUCGGUUCAACAGACGAAUCCUGUCGUGUAUGAAGGCUAUGCCGGUGCGUUUGCGAGUUUCUUCCAGACGGGGGAUCCGAACGCGCACAAAGUGACCAAUUCCUCGCAACCGGGUGUGCCAGAGCUCAAGACUGGCGAAGAGUUCGUUGUUGUGGAUGAUGGGUUUAAGCAAGUCGACUUUGGUGAGUUGAAGAGUAGAUGUGACUUCUGGCGUAAAUUGGGCAAGCAGAUACCUGUUUAA